AUGCUUCGCCCUCUUGGGCGUCAGUCGUGGACGUGCCGCCAAUGUCUUUCGCGUCGGCAAUCACGAGCGUUCGCCAGCGCUGCAUCGCAAGCUCCGAGAUCUUAUGUCGACUAUGUCCCAACGGACAAUAGCAUACCGGCGAAGAAUGCUGACGAUGACACCUUACGCCGUGUCUUUGAUUCACAGGCUUUCUGGCGAGACUUUUCAAACAAGCGAAGCUCCACAGCCAAACGAGCCGGGUUGGUUCAGAAUCAGUAUUUGACCAGCCCAGAUGGCUUUAGGGCGUUCGCUCAUGCUUCCCUACAGAAGUGUCAGGCAGUCGUCGGCAAAGUAUUGAAUGCCUCAACCCUCGAGGAAUAUCGAGAUGUCGCUCGAAACCUGGACCGCCUCAGCGACCUUCUGUGUCGUGUGAUCGACCUUUCCGACUUCAUUCGAACGAUCCACUCCGAUCCCCGAAUCCAAGAAGCAGCGACACAGGCAUAUGCAUUAAUGUUUGAAUAUAUGAAUGUGCUUAACACGACGACGGGGCUCCACGACCAGCUCAGCAAGGCCCUCUCGAAUGCGGAGGUGACAUCACACUGGACGCAGGCGGAGACGAUCGUGGCACAGAUCCUCAUGAAGGAUUUUACCAACUCGGCAAUUCAUAUGCCACCAAGUGAUCGCCAGAGAUUUGUUAACAUUUCCAACGAUGUGAGCCAGGUCGGCUCAGAGUUCUUUAGUGGUGGCGAACCAGCCAAAUCCCAGGUCGUUUUUAGUGCCAACAGCCUUCAGGGAUUAGACCCAGUAAUGGUCCAGAGAAUUAAGAGGUGGAAUAAUAAAGCGCCAGUUCCAACUAUGGGAAUUAUUCCUCGACUGGUUCUGCGGUCUGUUCGAGACGAAUCGGUUCGAAAGGAAGUGUACUUGGCUACUCGAACCUCGAGUUCUCGUCAAAUCCACCGACUGGAAAAACUUUUGACGAAGAGGGCGGAGCUCGCCCAGCUCUCAGGAUAUAAUAGUUUCGCCGACAUGGCGCUGAGCGAUAAAAUGGCCAAGACUCCGAUGGCUGUGUCAAACUUCUUGACAUCGCUGAUCUCGAGCAACCGGGGUCUGGUCAACGAAGAGUUGGCGCAACUUCAGCAAAUGAAAGGCAAUUCCCUUCAGCCGUGGGACCACGCUUUCUACGUUCAUAAACGAGUUAUGCAGUAUUCUCAGUCCCGUCGAUCUCGUGAAUUGAGUGCUGUUCCCGAAUUCUUCUCUUUGGGUACGGUCAUGCAGGGCCUCUCAAGACUUUUCGACAGGCUCUAUGGUGUGCGUCUUGUUCCCCAAGAAGCAGCUCCCGGUGAAACCUGGAACUCUGGUGUCCGUCGCUUGGAUGUUGUGAAUGAGUCAGGGCACCACAUUGCUGUCGUCUACUGUGAUUUGUUCUCGCGCCCGGGGAAACACCCCAACCCGGCCCACUUUACGUUGCGUUGCUCUCGCGAGAUUUCUGCCGAGGAGGUGGCCGAGUGCGCAUCCAUGGAUUUGUCUGCGCACCCAAAUGAUGGCAUGGCGACUGCAGUUGACCCACAAACCAAGACUCUGCGUCAGCUCCCGACAAUUGCUCUUGUCUGUGACUUCCAAGAACCCGCUACCAAUGGCUCUGGCCAGCCGACACUCCUGAGUGAGCAGAGCGUUCGCACCUUGUUUCAUGAGAUGGGUCACGCCGUCCACUCCAUUUUGGGACAAACUCCUCUUCAAUCUAUUUCUGGCACUCGAUGCGCGACCGACUUUGCAGAGCUUCCUUCGGUGCUCAUGGAGAGCUUUGCCACAGCACCAGAAGUUCUUUCCCUCUAUGCUCGUCACUGGAAGACGGAUGAGCCCCUCUCGCAGACCAUGAUGCGCAGCAUGGAAUUGGAUCGUACUGCUCAUGGGUCAAUCUAUGGGGCUGUGGAAAAUGAAGCCCAGAUCCUCAUGGCCCUUGUUGACCAGGCCUACCACUCCAUUCCUUGCAAAGAUGCUGUCAACGGCAUCAACACUACCGAUAUCUAUCACAACGUGUUUUCUCAGUAUUCCAGCCUUCCCGAUCCGGAUGAUAUUCGGCCUCGGACCUCCUGGCAAGGCUUUUUCGGACAUCUCCAUGGCUACGGGGCCACGUACUACAGCUAUAUCUUCGAUCGCGCUAUUGCCAAUAAGAUCUGGCAAGAUGUCUUCCACUCCGGCAAAGCCGCUGUGGAUCGUGCGGCUGGCGAACGGUACAAAAAUGAAGUUCUCAGCUGGGGAGGAGGGCGGAAUGGCUGGGAAUGCGUGGCUGGCGUUCUGGGUGAGGAGAACCCGUCCAACGCCAAUGGCCGAUUGGUUGAAGGCCGUGAUGAGGCUAUGCGUGAAGUUGGCCGCUGGGGUUUGGGCCGAGACGGAGUUUCUGGCUAG